AUGCUGCUCCGGACACCCCAGCCGCAACAGGUUCAGCAGCAGCCCCAAUUCCAGCAGCAAAUCCAACAACAGCAGCAACCCCAGCAACAGGAGCAACAGGGUCGCCUUACUGGAUAUCUUCUGACCCCCGUAGCCGCCCCCGCCGACUACGUCAACAACCCGGCCGACAUUCCGCCGAUGAACGAGGGACAGUUCACCCGGAUGGGAGGCAAUGAGCAACACCCCCUGUACGUCAUCCAGAACCCCGACACCACCGGCCAGGCCUCCGUUUUGCCGCCCGGCUUCUCCGCCAACCCAUCCGAGCCGAAUCAGAAGCCGAACGGGUUCUUCAUGCCGAUCGACAACGCCCCACUUCGAGACGGGCGCCCCUUUACGUUGAUGGUUGUCAAUGGAAUGCGCUCGCACGGCCCUGCCUACAAUGCCCUUCCCGUGGCCCCGGAAGUGUCGGUCAAGUCGGAGGUGGUCGGAUACCAGGCCCCGGCUGCCCCAUCCGGCGCUGCCCCCUACCAU